GUGUUUGUACGAGCAAAUACGGAAAAUACCGAAUGCCACGUACCAAACGUGCAUGAAAAUAAUUCCAAAUAUUUCUGUUUGUGUUGUUAAUUUGCAUUAUAUUUUACAAUGGACAUAACCUAUAUAGUGUGCCUUAUCAUAGGCAUUUGUUUAGUUAAUGUAGACGCUUUAAUGUUUCAUGUAUCUCCAAACCAAAAGAAGUGUUUGAAAGAAGAAAUUCACAAGGAUGUUUUGGUUACCGGCGAAUAUGUCUUAGACGAUGCCCCUGGCCACAAAACUAACUUGGCUGUGACAGACACUAAGGGUCACAUACUGUACAGUAAAGAGGAUGCAUCCAAGGGAAAGUUUGCAUUUACAACAGAAGAAUAUGACAUGUUUGAAGUGUGCUUUGAAACCAAAAUGGCAGCAGGAGGCCAAGGUCAGGACAGAGCCGUAUCUCUGGACAUGAAGCACGGAGUAGAGGCAAAGAGCUAUGAUGAUCUCGCUAAGGCAGAGAAGUUGAAACCUCUUGAAGUUGAGCUGCGAAGAUUGGAAGAUCUCUCGAAAUCAAUUGUGGAUGAUUUCGCCUACAUGAGGGCAAGGGAGGAAGAGAUGAGAGAUACAAAUGAGUCUACCCACUCCAGAGUGAUGUACUUUAGCCUGUUUUCAAUGCUGUGUCUUCUCGGCUUGGCCACCUGGCAGGUGCUAUAUCUUCGACGAUACUUCAAGGCCAAGAAACUCAUUGAAUAAAGCCCACCAAGAGCUCAUUCAGGGACAUCAAGGCCUUUCUUAUCAACGAGCAUAUUGCAAAUUAUUUUACAAAAGAAAACAAAUUCAACAUUCAGUUUUGUAAUGCAAAAUGUGUUUAAUAUAAGGAAUUCAUGCACUCAAAUCACUUAUUAAUUUUUUUCAUAUUAUUUGAAGUAUUUCAUCUCUUGUGAACAAGAAAACGUAAUUGUACUUGUAUGAAGGGUAAGUUGUUGUUUUCUCGUUGAUAAGCUACCCGGUCCAUCUCACAUACAUGCAGCUUACAUCUUCAACGGUAUCCAUAUCAUCGUUACAUUUAGGAAAAGUUUUUGAAAUUAUGAAAUUAGCUUACAUAGUUUGUGCAAGAUUGAUAAAUUUGAUAUUGUACAGUGCAGAAAUAAUGUAUUUAAAUAUUGAAAACACCUCAUGGUCUGAUUAUUUGUGUGAAGCAGAGUAUGUGUAUACAUGUAUUUUAUUCAAUUGAUGGGGUUUAAAGACACGAGAACCUAAUAAGAUUUAUAGAAAAUUUGGUGGCAAGUUAUUUCAAUGUUUACAAAACAUUGCAAUCAUGAAUAUAUACAAAACAUUUUAGUAAAUUUUUGUGCUCAAAGUUUGGUUAUGGUUAUGGAAUAGGAACAAGGCAAAAGUGUAUUUAUACCUUAUUGAUUACUUGCUAAUUUUAGGUUUUUAGUUAGAAUUACAAUGGCCACAGGUCUUACAUUUAAGGUUAAAUUCGUUUUGAUUUUUUUGGUGAAAAAUGCUUCACAAGUACCAUGAUAUGUCAACCAAUGGAGGAAAAAACUCCCUAUAUCUUUGUGUGCCUUUCAAUGGAAGUCGAUCAUGUUUGUUUGGAUGAAGAGAGUGUAUAUUUAUACCUAUUGUUCUAUUUCUUGUUUCAAAUUGCAAUACUAUUUAGUUUUUAAACGAUCUUGCAAAUUAUCAACCUUAUUUUUAAAUAUUGUAUAUUUUCCCUUUCAUUGCACUGUUUAGUAAGUAAACCUAUUGCUUAUAAAUAAAUUUGGCUUCAGGAGCACAUAAAGUUAGAUUUUAUCAUAAUAUAUAUUUUAUAAUAAUUUUCAUAAUGCCAUUUAAUUUACUGUUGUAUUACAUUGAGACUAAUUCAGCAGAAGUGUUCAUCUUGUGUUCUUGCAGUGAAGAAGAGUAAAGCAAAUCUAUUCUAAAUUUUGAUAGGCCACACAUUUUACAUUAAUUAUAGUCAUGAUAAUGCUGUCAUCUUACAGUGCAUGUUUAGGCACAGUGUAUCUACAAGGAUUUGUGAGAUGUACAUAAUAUAUUUUUUCUUUUAAUCAUUGUCCUGUUUGUACAUAAUGUAUAUUUAUACAUGUAUGUAUGCAUUUGAUUGACUCAGCUGUUUGGUUUGUAUUUUAAGUCAUUUUGAUGUGUGUUUGAUAUUGUCACUGAGGGAAAGUGGCGUGUUUACGUAUGUAGGGAAACUUGAGUGAAAUGGAUAAUUUGUUUUCAGCAUUCCCUUUGUAUAAACCCAUAACAACGUGAAAAUGGAAGAAUUAAAAGUAAAGAAUG